GACUACGGUAUAUAGCAGGGACAUUUAAAUUCUGGGCAAAUGCAGAGAGCGAUCGGGAGCUGACCGAUGUUCAGCAGCAGAGCAGCGUCCUGUUGCGUGUUCUCCUGUGUGACGGGCAGCAGGGUAAACAAACCGGGAACCUGCGGGGCUGCUCCUCUCUCGCGCACGGCGGGGCGGACUGGCCCUUUAAGAAGGAUAAUAAAGACGACAGCUUGGCACGAGCCGAGCGCAUCGAUGCCGCGCGCUACAUUUCAGCACAAAACCACAGCGGUGCUGCAGGAAUAAAACUGACAUACAUUCAUAUAUACAAACGUCCACGUCAAGUGUGCGUGAAAGGUUUCACACGGCGGGGAGGAGAAGAUGUGACGCCGCGGACAGCCGCUCUGCUCGUUCUCUGGUGCGUUAUUGAUUCGGACGUCCUGUACAUCAGCCCCCCUCGUCUCUCACCCCCCGGAGAGAGCCACUUAAAUAAGUCAUAAUGGAGGACAAACGCAAGAAGCGGAGCCCAAAGGUGUCUCUCCCGCAGCCCCCUCCUCCCCCCAUCAACCCCCGCAAACUCUCUGUCCUGCCUGCCAGCAAAAGUGCCACCUUCUCUCUCGGCCUGCCGCAGCCUCCCUCCCCCAAGAACAGAGGCAAGUACAAGAGGUCCAUCGGAGCGCCGGGGCAGCCAAAAGAGGUGUUCACAGCCGUCGUAGCUCCACCAAAGACCACCAGGCCCCACAAGGAGAAGCCCCGGGCCCCCCAGCCAGCAGGGCCCAGUAAAGUAGUCCAGUCUUCCCCCCUGCAGCACUCCUUUCUCACAGAUGUCUCAGAUGUUAGAGAGAUGGAGGGAGGCCUCCUCAACCUCCUCAAUGACUUCCACUCAGGCAAACUGCAGGCUUUUGGUAAGGUGUGCUCCUUUGAGCAGCUGGAGCAUGUGCGCGAGAUGCAGGAGAAGCUGGCCCGGCUGCACUUCAGCCUUGACAGCCAUGUGGAGGAGCUUUCAGAGGACCAGAGGAAGUGUGCCUCCGACCACAACCUGGAGCACCUGCUUUGUAACCUGGAAGAGCUCAGCACCUCAAUACAAAAGCUCCAUUUGGCUGAGAACCAGGACCUGCCCAAGACAUCUGGUCCCUGAUGAGGAGAGGAGCAGAGGACGGCGACAGCACACUCAUCUUCUCCCAACAUCUAACCACCAGGUUGCCAGGGCAUCGAUCUAGCUGCCUUAGUUACAGGAUGGAAAGAUCCACAGGAGGAGGGGCUAUUUUUUUAUUAUUUUUUUUUUUUCCAUUCGGCAUGCGAAGUCGAAUACAGUGACUCAAAGCAGCAGAGCAUUAAAUGAACUCUCCACUGAAAUCAUAAAGCCCUCAUUCAUGGCACAAGGAACGACUGAACAGUUGCGUUUGAGGAAACAUUUCAAAGUUAUCAGCACGCUCUUGGCAUCAGCUAACUUGGCUCGAGUUAUUAGUUACAUCAUUUGAUAACAAAUAACUGAAAUCAGGGGAACUCUUUCUUCCCCUAUUUUUUGCCACAAAAAAAGCACAUUUCAUGACAGUAAGAAUUUGUAUCACGUCAUAAAAGGCCUUGUUUUUUGCAUAAUGUCAUGAGAUAUUUGUCUGUGCUAGCAAAGAUUAGAAAGUGAGCCAUACUUAAGUAGCAAACAUAUUUGGCCCUUGUCGACAACACCACUGUGGUUAACUCAGAACUUAAAAGGGAGAUUUCACUUUUGCUAUUAUUCUGAAUAUGCUCCCUCAUUUUUCUAUAUCUCUUUUGUUAAAUGUAAUACUGGAAAACAGAAAGCAGGGAGAACCUUUAUUAUAACUGUGCAUUUUAAAGGGACUAUGUGUGGAGACCUACCUUAAUGACUGAUUAACGUACUUAUAUAAAAUGGUUUAUAUGUGCAGUUCAGCUACUGUAACUUUUGAUGCUGUUGCUUUAAAAUAGCUUGAGUCAGGCUGAUUUUGCCAGUGCUUUAGUAGGAUUGCCUUGAUGCUCUGUUUUUGUGAAUAGGGGCCCAGUAGCAGCAUCCCUCCAUGCUACGCCACCCUGCUACUGAAGAAAUGCUGUAAAAUCUACUGUACCAUAUAGGUCAAGGGGAUUCUGUCCAGCACAAUCACAGAUUAAUGCAGCUGGCAUAAAAGUCUUUCAAAAUGGCAGCUACUUUCCUAGUGAUGAUGAUAUGAUUUGCCUUGUAUUUCAUUCCAAUUUGGCAGCGAUGCGCCUUGGGCAUGAUAUUUAAUCCCCGACAAGCCAAUGAAAGUGGAAUUAGUGAUCAGUCUGAAACAUCAAAGUCUGUCAAAGCAUUGAGGCGCUCAAAAUGCAAUAGAAGACUUUGUACUGCUUGCUAAGCCUACCUCAUUUCUAAGGCCUUCUACAGUGACAUAACACAUCUGUCAUUAGAUCUUCACAAUAGGGCUGCAACUAAAGGUUAUUUUCACUUUCUACCGAUUAAAUCUACAGAUUAUUUUCUAUUCAUUGAUUUAUCGUUAAGGCUAUAAAACAUCCAAAAAUAUUGAAAAAUAUCGGGAGUCCAUGGUGAUGUCUUCAAAUGUCUUGUUUUGUCUGACCAACGGUCCUAAAACCCAAAGAUAGUUAAGUUUACAGUGAUAGAAAAAAAAGAGAAAAUGUGAGAUGCUGGAAAAAAAAAUGAGAAUUUGGGAUUUUUAACAUAAUCGAAUUAGUUAGUUAAUUCAUUUUGUCUAUCGCUCUCCUUCUGUCAGCUAUUUUCUUUUAACUUUCCAUAAAUCAGUCAAAACAUAAAACCUGUGUGUUCAGAAACUGUACUGGUUAAUAAAGGUAAAUGUGGUAAAUGAG